UUAUGGACAUGGUACGAAAAACUUUAACCUUUGUCUGGUUGCUAAAAGCAGUUCAACUACCCCAGUACAUCUAUGAAAGAAAUUAGCUAACAUGCUCUAGUGGACUUAUUAGAGUAAUGUUGUUGUAAAAGUUAAACCACACAAAUGACUAACUCCACAAGAAAAAAAAAAUGAAAUUUCAAACGAGAACUAUUCUAUUUAUAUACACCCACACACACAUAGAAGAAACCAAAUCCACAGCACAACGCAACACAACCCUGCAAAGAUACUUCCAAGAUGUCUAAGCAAAAUGGGAUGGUGUUGAUGAUGCUUAUACUGAGUGUUAUUCUUCCACCACCGAUUCAAAGCCUGAAACUAAAAGCAGGGAAUUGGGGUAAAAGUUUUCUGAAAAAGAACCAAGAAACACAAACAAACCUUCAGUUUUAUUUUCACGACACACCCAGCGGAAAAAACCCAAGCGCUGUUAAGGUGGCUGAACCGGUAGACAAGAGCAAGCCAUUCGUUACACAGUUCGGAAGCAUCUGGAUGGCGGAUGACCCGUUAACAGAAACAUCAGACCCGAAGUCCAAGCUCGUCGGCCGGGCCCAAGGUAUUUACGCGUCGUCGUGUCAGCAGGAGUUCGGACUUCUCAUGUCCCUGAGCUACUCGUUUGUUGAUGGACCGUAUAACGGUAGCACGUUUGCUCUUGUUGGGAAGAACUCGGCUAUGAACCCGGUUCGUGAGAUGCCGGUUGUUGGUGGCACUGGCCUUUUCCGUAUGGCAAGGGGUUACGCCAUUGCUAAGACUCAUUGGAUUGAUUUGACCAACGGUGAUGCUAUUGUUGGCUACAAUGUCACACUCGUUCAUUAGAGUUAGUUAACCGUUUUUCUUUUUCUUUUCUAUAUAAAUAAAUCACUAUAUAGUUUAUACAUUUCUUUAACUUUCUAUAAUAUGCACACAUGAUCUAGUUUCAUGUUUUAUUGUAUUUUUUUUUUGAGAAAAUUUCCAAAAUAAUAAUUAAUUGUAUGAUUAUAUUAUUUGAAUUAAUAAUAUAAAUAUUAUAUUCAAA